UUCCUGCUUCUGCGAGAACAUCCCCCCCCACUCCCUCCAGCUCCGCCAGCCAAGGCGCCCCUUCCUUGGAAGCCGAGCGGCUUCGCUCGCUUUUCGCCGCCGCCGCCUUUCGCAAUAUUGCAAUAUAGGGGAAAAGCAGAGAAAACACUCAUUGAUCUUCAAAAUGAAAUGAGAUUUGGAACAAUAAUGGGAGAUGGCGGUCACCACAAUGGCAUGUGAAAGACCAUGGUGAAUCCGGGCAGCAGCUCACAGCCGCCCCCCGUGACGGCCGGCUCCCUCUCCUGGAAGCGGUGCGCAGGCUGCGGGGGCAAGAUUGCGGACCGCUUUCUGCUCUAUGCCAUGGACAGCUACUGGCACAGCCGGUGCCUCAAGUGCUCCUGCUGCCAGGCGCAGCUGGGCGACAUCGGCACGUCCUGUUACACCAAGAGCGGCAUGAUCCUUUGCAGAAAUGACUACAUUAGGUUAUUUGGGAAUAGCGGUGCCUGCAGCGCUUGCGGACAGUCGAUUCCUGCGAGCGAACUCGUCAUGAGGGCCCAAGGCAAUGUGUAUCAUCUGAAGUGUUUUACAUGCUCUACCUGCCGGAAUCGCCUGGUCCCAGGAGAUCGGUUUCACUACAUCAAUGGCAGUUUAUUUUGUGAACAUGAUAGACCUACAGCUCUCAUCAAUGGCCAUUUGAAUUCACUUCAGAGCAAUCCACUACUGCCAGACCAGAAGGUCUGCUAAAAGGUCAGAGGAAUGCAGAAUGCGUGCCUUCAUCUCAGAUUUUGUUCAUCACAGGCGAAUCCCAUGCGUCUUCAGUAGACAAGUCACCUUUGUAGCUAGCCCCAGUGCCGGCGCCAUGCAUUGCACCUUCUUUAGUCUUGAUUGCCCUUCCCGCAUUUAUUGGUGUAUUAAAAUGACUGAAUAUGAACAUUAAGGACUCCAUGAACCUGGGCUAAUGGGAGACUGUAGAGAAAAUGAAAAAAGAUCCACCGGAGGACAUCUUUGGGGGGGGGGAGGGAGCUUGGGAGGAGGGAAAUGACUAAUGAAGCUAAUUAAAAGAAGCAUUCAAAUCUGCUUUCUACCCUCAUUAACAAUUAGCAGGGCACUGGCCAGAGUUUGUACCCUGUGUUUUACCUUAACAACAUUCUAUUUGCUCUUUGUAUAUUUAAGUGUUGUAAGGAAAUGUGUUUCAAUCAAAACUGAACAUGAGAUAAAGGAAAGAGAUGUGGCUUUUGUGAUAUUCUAUCACAAACACUUUUAUGUAUCUCUGUAAAAUACAAUGUAUGUAUGCAUGUAAGUGUUUUCGUCCUAAUGUUGCUACUUCCAUGGCAAAGGAAAAAAAAGAACGAAAAAAAAAAGAAAAAAAAUUGGAAAAAAAAAUCAGGCUCAUAGCAGCUACUGUGUAGAAAUUUCCCCCUACUUCUAAUUUGCUGAAUGAAGAAGAAAAAUCUUUUAUUUGUGAUAUUUUCAGAGACAUUUGCUCUAGUAUGGUGUAUUUAAAUAAUAAAAACUUAAAAAUUCGAUGGA